AAAGUCAACAUUUAUGUUCACAGCUUAGUUAGGUUUCAGGGGGAGGGUAGUGAAGAAGAAGUUACAACACAAACUUUACCUUUUACUUGUCUUUCUCUCUCUAUAUAUAUCUAAUCCCACAAGAGCAAUGUGUAUCUUUGUAGGGGAUUGUCAACGCUCUUCAAAAAGAGGAGCCAAAGAAGCUUCUCUUCUCUCUCUUCUCUAGACUACUACAAUACAUACAUUACAUAUCUCCUCCUCUCUUUAAAAUCCCAUCUUUCACAAUUCUCUCUCUCUCUCUGUCUGCUUCUUCACCACUCUCAACAAUUCUAUCUCUUUCCACCAGCCAAAGCUCAAGAAGACAAGAACCCUUGAAUCUGCCCAGAUUUAAGCCAAGAAACAACAUGGAAUUCUCAACUGGGAAAAGAAAAUCACGAGACCAAGAAGAAGAAGAAGAAGAAGAAGAAGGUAGAAUAAGCUUAUUAGCUUCUGAAUUCCCAAUGGACGACCUCAACGACGAUGUGCUUGAGAGAGUCCUCUCGUGGCUGCCAACUUCUUGCUUCUUCCGUAUGAGCUCUGUUUGCAAGAGAUGGAGAUCUAGCCAAACCUCUAAAAGCUUCAAGCUUGCUUGCUCUCUUAUCCCUUCUCGAGAUCCUUGGUUCUUCAUGAUCGACGAUCACGAUUCCACUUCUUCUUCCUCCUUCGUUUUCGAUUCCACUGAGAACACCUGGAAAAAUCUCAACCGCCGUGAUACCCUCUUCCACCCCCGCCGCGAUUUCAUCCCCGUCGCUUCCUCCGGUGGUUUGCUCUGUUUCCGCUGCUCCUUCUCCGGCGACUUCCUCCUCCGUAACCCCCUCACUGGAUUUUCCCGUGACCUUCCUUCUCCAAUCUCUCAAGAUGACAACAACAACUCUCUCCAAGCUGUAGCCAUGACCACUACUGCUACUACUUCCAGUUACAAGCUCGUUACAAUCUCCGGUGAAAUCCCAAAUCUCAGUUUCAAGAUCUAUGAUUCAAGCUCAGAUUCAUGGAGCAAAGACCAAGACUUGGAGUCAGCCAAGAACAACGAGUCAUCACCACAUGAGGAUGAGUCUGAUACUGACAUUGGCAAUGGCACAGUCUAUUUCCUUAGCAAAACAGGAAACGUUGUUGUGGCUAGUAACAAUCUCCAGAGAAGUCCAUCGAAGCAAUACUCUUCCGUUAUCACCGUUACAGACGAUGCCGAAACAGUCUAUUUUCUCAGCUCUUACGGAACAAUUGUAGCUUGUGAUCUCACGAAACGAUGCUUCACAGAGCUGCCGAAGCUUCUUCCUCCUUUCUUGGAGUAUUCCAUCGACUUGGUGGAAUGUAAUGGAACAAUGUAUGUGAUUCUCCUCUCUGAGUUCUUUGAAAGCGCGAGUUUAAGGAUCUGGAGACUUGACAGUAACCGAGAAUGGGUUCAAGUCGGGAUGUUGCCUCCUGCUUUGUCUCAUGAGUUAUACGGUAAAAAAGGUGACGUAAACUGCGUUGGUGGAGUUGGAAACAAGAUACUUGUGUGCUUCAAUGCGAGUCUUCCAGAGGUGUGUUGUAGAUACUUUGUGUAUGAUUUAGUUGAAGAAGAGUGGAGCCAGUUGCCAAGAUGCUUCAAGGAUGGAGAAGCUGUGGAUUUCGUUUCCGCUCUUUCCUUCCAACCUAGGAUUGAGGCUACAGUUUGAAAAUCAUUAGCUUCUCUAUUAGGUUAUAUGAUUUGUAAGGUUUUAUGUAGUAUUCUUUCUCUUACAGAGAAUGCAGUGUAACUUGAUUUGUAAUCUCUAUUAACAUUGGUUAGAACAGGAAUGCUCUGUUCUUACCAAAAACUAUCAAUGCUUUGCUGAAAUUUAGCUUUACUUUCCAAA